AAUCGGUAAAUAGGAUGAGAUGGCUCUCCACAGAACGGGGGCACACUCUCGCCUGACCCUGACACGAUCGGGCGUACGGAGUGUUUUUCUUUCGCAUCUUUCGCAGCACAGCCACUGGAACAGAAAGGAACACACAGAGCAAAAGAGAACCCAGAACGGGUAGUGGCAGUAGGCAUCUUUCAAGGCUACCGAAGGUGCGAUAAUCCAAGUUCCAGAGGUCAUCAUCGCAGCAGCAGAAAAGAAGAAAGUAAAGGCGCCAUACGGGAGCAGUGUGAGCCAGCGCAGCAGACGGAGGUGGCGAUCUCCGAAGAUCGAUCAGGUAUCGCAUAGCCAGGCGCGAGUUUUCGAGAAGAGCCGAUCCCUCUACCUACCUACCAGCUAGACGAUCAGCUGUGUGUGAGCACGAGAUCGCGCUGGUGGGAGAUUCGGACCGGUCGUCGGAACCGUGCGUUGCCACAGUACGCCAUUCGUCUGGUGUCCGUUGGAUCGUGCAGUUCAGGUUUUCUGGCUUGGAAUUGUGAGGUUGAGCGUUUAAUAUAUUGGCCAACGUUACCGGCAGCAACAUGAGGACACUUCAGAUUUCCAGUAUAGUAUUGCUAUGUCUGGCGCUUACGAUAGACGCCCAGUGGUUCGGCAGUAGCAAAAAGAAACAGGAAGAGGAUCCCAAUGUCGCACUCCUUUCGUACGCACCAGUCGACCCGAGCGUGACACCAUCCUCGACGAUCGCCACCCCGACCAGUACCACACCGAUUCCGUCGACCACGACCAAAAAAGGAUUCUUCGGCAAACUGUUUGGUAGUGGUUCGAAGAAGGAGGAAAAGUCGACCACAACUACCACUACCACCACGACCACGACGACCACCACCACCGUAGCGACACCCACCACCAAGAAACAGGGCUUCUUCAGUGGUCUGUUCGGUGGCAAGAAGGACAAAACAUCCACCACUACCGUUGCUCCAUCGACGACGGCCAAAUCGGCGACUACCGUAAAGCCGGGAUCUGUGACAACUACGAAGACAUCUGCCGUUCCUACCGUCGUGACUACGGCCAAAACACCGGCCUCUGUUGCCGGUGCUACAUCGACUACGGCAAAAUCGGUGUCCACACUGUCGACUGGUGGUGUUUCCUCGACAACCACCACGACGACGCCCAGAUCGAAGGAUGCUUUCCCAGCACUUCCAACGUCGCGCAGUGGCAGUCCCACGCCGUCACCCGUACCGACGUCAACCGUUGCCAACGCAUGGACACGUACUCCACCGACCGUACAGCCGGGCGGUAAGCCUGGAGUGAGCUUUGUGCCAACAACACCCGGAACUCCGGGAACUGCUCAAAAGGUGAGCAGCACAACUGCGGCUUCGGCCAGUGCCGUUGGAGAUGGGCCCGCAACGGACGAGGAGCUGAUGGCACUGUCUGAGCUGCUGUUCACCAAAGACAACAACAGUCCUAGCAAGUUCGUCACCAUCAACUAUCAGAAGCAGACGUCCUCGUUCGUUAACACCGAUGAGGCACCAAAUCCCUUCCUGACUGUGGAUGAGCCAAAGAUCUACGCCAUUCCGACGAUCGAAAAGAUGCACGCGCUCUUUAACAACUACGAGCUGGAUACGAUGACCAAUGAGUACGUGACACCGCUCGAGAAGAAGGAAGAGAAUGACUUUGUCGAUGCACUGCUGGCCACGAACGUGAUGCGACAGGCAAUGCUGUUCCUGCAGAAGAAGGGCAUCGUGACGGCUGACCCCAAGACGCACCACGAGCUGCUGAAGACGAUCUGGUUCACGCUGUACUCGCGCGGCAACGGAAAGAUUGGCAGUUCCGGGUUUGAGCACGUGUUCCUGAACGAAGUGAGCAAUGGGACGAUGAUUGGGCUACACAACUGGCUGUACGUGUACGACAUGGAGAAGGCCGGCCGUAUCGACUACAAGGGAUGGAACAAGAAGAUGGAACUGGGCACGAAAGGAGAAAUUGCAAAGGUUCGUCUAACGUUCGACAAUCUGCAGAAACCGUCCAACUCGCUGUUUGUCGGUACUUCGCCCGAGCUGGAAAUUGCUCUCUACACCGUAUGCUUCCAGCUGCGACCGGACAAGGAGUGCCCGCUGGCGAUCAAUGGUAAACCGUUCACGAUCAAAACCUUCACGUUCCGGUACCGGGGCAAAAACUUGAUCGGUGGCGCAUGGCCAAACAUUUAAACGGUUCGCCGAUCGGCUCUACAACUGACCUCCUCCUCCUCGCUCACAUCGAACUGGGUGUGAAAUGGGCUGAGGAUAUCACUAUCUGUAUACCGUCACUUAUAAUCGUGCACGAUACUAAUCAAGCAUAUUACCUCAUUUUUUAAUGAAAUAAAAUAAAUAUCUUUUUA